AUGUCCACACCCACCACCACCGAAGCUUUGGUCCUCCCCAGCAUAAACGGUUCCCUAGCAUUACGACCCGUCCAUCUCUCAGCCCUACAGCCCGAUGAAGCGCUCAUCGAAAUCCACGCAACAGGAAUAUGUCACACCGAUCUCUCAUGCAUGAAUGGCACACUCCCGGUCUCAGCACCAGCCGUGCUGGGGCACGAGGGUGCUGGCGUCGUUUUGGCCAUGGGCCCGGCAGUCACGCAUGUUUCGGAAGGGGACAAAGUCCUCUUGAGCAUUAAUCACUGUCGAACAUGCACGAAUUGUGUGGCGGGUCACCCGAAUUACUGCGCUGAGGGUAUGCCGCGGAACUUUGGCGGGAAGAGGGUGAGCGAUGGGAGCGCAACGCUUUCGCUGAUGCAUGAUGCAUGUUUCAGCAACUUCUUUGGACAGAGCUCGUUCUCGCGACACGCCGUGGUAAAUGGCUCUUGUAUGGUCAAGGUGCCCAGUGACACGAAAUUAGAAUUGUUCGCGCCGCUGGGCUGUGGCAUCUCAACUGGAGCGGGAAGCGUAUUAAACACGUUGAAUGUCCAGGAGGGAUCGACCCUUGCGGUAUUUGGUGUCGGGAGCGUCGGACUGAGUGCAAUUAUGGUGGGAAAAAUAAGAAAAGCUGCCAUUAUUGUUGCCAUUGAUCUGAAUGAUGCGAGACUGGAGAUCGCACGUAAGGUCGGUGCUACUCAUGUCGUGAAUGGUAAAGAUGAGGAUGUGGUCGAGCGUGUGAGACAAUGUUGUCCAGAAGGCGUGGCGUAUGCUGUUGAUUGCACGGGUGCUGGCGCGGUUAUUGAGACCAUGAUGGAGUGUUUGGCCAUAAGAGGCCGCGCUGCUCAGGUUGGCAUCCCACCACCAGACAAGACGGUGUCGAUCAAGAUCUUGCAGCAUCUGCUCCGUGGGCAGGAGUAUGUUGGCUGUGCCGGAGGGGAUUGCGUUCCGGGUGAGAUGUUGCCUUUCCUCAUGGAGCAGCAGCAAGCUGGGAGAUUUCCGCUGGAAGAGAUCGUUUCGUAUUAUCCUAUCCAGGAUUUUGCUAGAGCUUUCGAGGAUUCGAGGUCGGGAAGGGCUGUCAAGGCUGUUCUGACCUGGACUUGA